AUGUUAUUUUGUAUAACUAACGCUAAAGAUAUUUGGGAUGAUGCUAUGUUAGUUGAAGCUUAUGACAGAGCUGUUAAAUUUGCUAGAGAGGGAUGUGUGGAAGAAAAUACAAAAAAAGUUUAUAAAAAAGGAAAAGAACAUUAUAAAUGGAAAGUUGGAGAUAAAUGUAGGUGUCAAUAUAGUGAAGAUAAACGAUAUUAUGAAGCUGAAAUUAUGGCUAUAAUAGAUUCUACAGGAAUGUGUAAAAUUAAGUAUUACGGAUAUGAAAACGAAGAAAAUGUUCAAUUAAGAAAUCUUAAACCUAGUAAUGGCGAAGAGGCUAUAUUACAACAAAUACGUGAAGCUACUAAUGAUAAUAAUGUAACAGUCGCAGAUGAAACGAUGAGAAAUUCAAAUAUAAAAUGUGAACCCAUUGAACCCACACCUUCGAAUAAGAAAAAUAAUUACAAGAAAACAGAAAGUAGCACCUCACUAAAAUUUUCACCUUCGAAUAAAUAUAAUUGUGUUAUGCCACCUCCUCCUCCUCCCCCUCAUAUGUUUAAAAAUAUGUGUGGAGAUGAAGAUGAAACUGAAGCAAUGAAUGCUAUGUUAAUUUCAUGGUACAUGAAUGGCUAUCAUACAGGCUAUUAUCAUGGGUUAAAAAUGGCAAAAAAUCAAUAA